UCUCCUCUUUCCCCCGUUUGCUUUCUCGUCCCGAUAUUCUUACUUUUGGGCUUCCGAAAGCCAAACUGUGAGGCUUAUGCAAAAUUUAAUCGCCUUCUUAAGCUUUAGGCUUCUGGGUAUCGAAUAUUGACCGUAUUCUGCAAUUACAAAUUUCUGAAGCUUCAAGGAACAGAGUAGUAUCAUCUUAUUGUCGGGAUUGGCAAUUGAGGAGCUGUUAAUAUCAUUAAAUCACUCAAGAAGGCUGUCAGCAGUUUCUUCCGAGUGGUUAAAUUUGAACUCGCGAUGGAUGUAAAAGGCAUUGCUUGGGUUGGCCGUUUGUACCAAAAGUUCGAAACUAUGUGCCUGGAGGUAGAAGACAUUAUAUGUCAGGAUACUGUUAAAUAUGUUGAGAAUCAGGUGGAAGUAGUUGGGGCCAGCGUCAAAAAGUUCUAUUCUGAAGUCGUACAAGAUUUACUUCCCCCAUCUGCAUUGAAUGAUGAGAAGGUGGCAGUUAAUUCAGCUCCUGACCGACAUGAAAAUGUUGUUAUAUGCAAGAAACCAGUGAUGAGUAUGAAGAUAGAGCGUCCGAAAUUUGAUGAAGAAAAGUCAACUAAGAACUCAAAAGUAACUUCUGAUACCAAAAGAGAGAUUAUCCAUAAGCUGCCACAUGGACAUCACCAUGCUGAUAAUCCCCACUUGGUAUCAUCUCCAUAUUCUGCUAACAGAGUUCAUAUUGAUGGAUAUUCCAGAAAAAAAGAUGAUGAGGAUAUACAUGAUAAGCUAGGACUUGAUGGAAGAGAAUCUACAUCAGAAGGAUGCAAGUGUCUUACUGAGACUUCUUCAACAAACCUUGUGUGGAAAUAUGCAAAUGAUGCAUCAUCAUGCUGUGCAAUUUCAAAUAGUGAAUGUGAAAAUUCGAGCGAACUCGCAGGUGAUAUUGCAGGCCCAUUGUUGGUCAAAGACACAAGGUGUGAUUCAGUGAUGCAAAUUUCUAAUGAGACUGAAAUUCAAAGCAAUAACUUAUCAGCUGGCAUUUCGUCAAAAUCCACUGGGGACAAUGAAAAGGAGACGAGACUUUUAUCCUAUGGUGAUUCGUCAGCUGAGUUAGAUGGAAGAUCAGAUGCUUGGAGUAUUGAUGAAAUUGAGCAUGAUGCCACUAUCCUUGAACAUGGAAUAGAGAACAUUCAACAUGCAGAUGAGGCGAAACUAGAUGAAGCAUGUGUCUUGGUGAAUGAAGAUGACUUUCAUUUCGAUUCCAAUGAAGAAGCCAGAUGUAGACCUUACAAGAAGAAGAUAACUGGAGCAUUUUCUUUCACAAAGAAGUCAAAGAGGAAGCAAGAAUACAAAGAGCUUGCAGUGAAGCACAGUUUUGGCAUCAGUCCAAUCCCAAACCAGAAACAUGAACAGAAACUACCAACCGAAGAAGUCUCGGAACACGACUGGCAGCUUCUGCAGGCUUGGAGCCUGUAAAAACAGAUUCCAUGGCUGUUAAUACACUUGAAUGGACGACAUGUAAAAAAAUAAACUCCACCUUCCCCCCUAGCUAAGGUGAGCAAUCUAUAAAACAAGUAUCAGAAUCUCAAUGUGCAGAAACAUUAUCUAAUUCCCAUGUAUAGAAGUGGCAAGACCCAUUGGUACACUCUGUAUUAUAGUUAACUACACCCAAUAACCAUCUUGCUUGGUAGUAGUUAUCAUGAUAAUUUGUGCAUAUUAUAUCA